AUGAUUCAAGUACGCAAGGCUCACGAUCGCGGACACUUCAAUUUCGGGUGGCUCGACACCUACCACACCUUUUCGUUCGGCGACUACCACGAUCCCCGGCAUCACAACUUCCGCGACCUGCGGGUGAUGAACGAAGAUCGGGUUCACCCCGGGCAGGGGUUCGGAAUGCACCCGCAUCGCGACAUGGAGAUCGUCACCUACGUGCUUUCCGGAGCCCUCGAGCAUAAAGACAGCAUGGGGAACGGUUCGGUUCUAAGACCGGGCGAAUUCCAGCGCAUGUCGGCCGGCACCGGCAUCCGGCACAGCGAGUUCAACCCUUCGGACAGCGAGCCGGUGCACCUGUACCAAAUCUGGCUGUUCCCCGAACGCAAGGGCAUCGAACCCAGCUACGAGCAGAAGGCCUUUCCAGAAGCCGACCGCGCAGGUCGCUUGCAAUUGGUUGCCUCUCACGGUGGGCGAGACGGUUCACUGGCGAUCAACCAAGACGCCGAGAUCUAUCUCACCACGCUCGACAACGACGACACGGUGAGUCACGCGAUCGAACCCGGGCGAGGUGCCUGGGUGCAAGUGCUGCGCGGCGACGCGGAAGUGAACAACACCCGCCUCACGGCCGGCGAUGGUGUGGCGAUCGAUGACGAAAGCCAAGUUUCGAUCACCGGAACCGGAAUCGCCACCCUCGCCGGACGAGUGAUGCUUGCCACCAUCUUUCUGAUGAGUGCGGUGGGGAACAAGAUUCCCAACUUCACCGGCGUCAGCGAAUACAUGGCCGCCGAAGGCGUUCCCGCACCAAAGUUCAUGCUCUUCGGUGCGAUUGUGUUCCUCAUCGUCGGCAGCCUUUCGGUUAUCUUGGGCUUCAAAGCCCGCGUCGGAGCCGGGCUGCUGUUCGUAUUCCUGGUGCUGGCCACCUACUUCUUUCACGACUUUUGGACCCUGACCGACCCCCAAGAGCAGCAGAUGCAAACCAUUCAGUUUAUGAAGAAUCUCUCGAUAAUGGGCGCCAUGCUCUUCAUCAUGGCCAACGGAUCGGGUCCACUUAGCUUGGAUGCAAAGCUGGCCGGGGAAUCAGACGAAUCCAGCGCGGUGAACACCGCGGUAGCCGCACGCGCAGCGGGUGCCGAAGUCACGCAGAUCGAUCUCAGCGAUUUCCCGCUGCCGAUCUUCGACCAGGAUUUCGAGGCCGAACAAGGCCCGCCAGAGAAUGCCAAGAAACUCAAACAGAUGUUCAUCGAGCAUGACGGGCUGUUGAUCGCCUCUCCGGAGUACAACAGUUCGGUCACGCCCGUGCUGAAGAACACCAUCGAUUGGGUCUCGCGCCCCGCCCCCGACGAACCACCGCUGGUCGCCUUCACCGGCAAGGUCGCCACACUGAUGAGUGCCUCGCCCGGCGGGCUGGGCGGACUCCGCGGGUUGGUUCAUCUUCGCUCCAUCCUCGGCAACAUCGGGGUAAUCGUUCUGCCCGAUCAAAUGGCCGUCGCCCGGGCGUUCGAAGCCUUCGACGAACAAGGUCAGUUGAAAGACGACAAGACGCAGGCCACGAUCCAGAAUCUCGGCUCGGGGCUGGCAGACUUUCUCAGCAAACUCCGGGCAGAGUAG